AUGUCUGAUAAUCUAGACUCCAUCAGCUCUAGCCCGUUUCAUUGGAUGGACAAUUUCAACCAAAUAGUUUGUAGAAAGAAGAGGACUCUAGUUGAAUAUAUCGACUGUCCUGGCCAUGAGAACCCGAACGUGUCGCCGACGCCGAUGAACAGAGAUGAUCCAGAAGCCGGAAAUCUGUCUGGGGUCGUGAAUGGCGAUAGCCCAAUUGCCGAAAUCCCACCGGAGCCGAUGAAUGAAGAUGACCCAGAUGAGGAAAUUCAGCCUGUGGCGGAGGAGGAGAUGCCGGCGGAGAUGAGAGAACAUAUAACGGAAAGAAUGGGUGGUUACCGUGUGCAAAUGAUAAUCGAAAAGAAGUUGACGGCGACUGACAUGAGGACGAAUCAAGGGCGGCUGUCGCUGCCGAAGAAGAUGGUGAGAGUGGAAUUUAUGACGGCGGAGGAGGAGAAGAUGUUGGAGCACCGGAGCAAAGGGGACGAUGAAUUGAACUACAUAGACACAUUCAUAGUGGGAUCCGAUUUAAAAGUGAAUCCAAUUCGGUUCAAGAAGUGGCUAAUGGGAAAAAAUUACGUGAAUUGUUUGGUCAACAAAUGGAACUCUUUUGCUCGAGCUUAUGGACUCAAGACAGGAACUAAGGUUCGUGUUUGGAGUUUCAGGGUCGAUGAAAGGGACGAGAACGACGUUAUUAAAUCUGAAUUGCGCUUCGCCCUUGUCAAGAUUUAA